CUGCUACGCCACUCGUUUUAUGCCUCACCGACUCAUCAACUGAAAAAGGAGAAAAAGAAAAGGAAGAUUAAUAACUGUGGUUUGUUUUUUACUCUUGAUACUCCGAUUGGAAAAUUAGUUAUCGUUACGGUGGUUCAGUCAUUGAUGGUGUAUGGGUACUGCAACCGCCGCCUAAGGGGGAGAUUGGGGGAAUGGAGUGGGACAGCAACUCGGAUCUGAGCGGGGAGGAGGAAGAGGAGGGAGCGUUCGACUUCACCCACGCCGACGCCGAUGAUUGCCCUCUCCCGUUUCCCGUCGAGAACCUUCUUCUGCAGACGGCGCCAUGCGGAGUCGUCGUCACCGACGCACUCGAGCCUGACCACCCUAUUAUCUACGUCAACACCGUCUUUGAGAUCGUCACCGGUUACCGCGCCGAGGAGGUUCUCGGUCGCAAUUGCCGCUUCUUGCAAUGUCGAGGUCCAUUUGCCAAGAGAAGGCAUCCAUUGGUGGAAUCAACAGUAAUUUCAGAAAUUAGAAGAUGCCUUGAGGAGGGGAUCGAAUUCCAAGGUGAGUUGCUGAACUUUAGGAAAGAUGGAUCUCCACUGAUGAACAGAUUGCGGCUGACGCCUAUAUAUGGAGAUGAUGAGACUAUAACACAUGUAAUUGGAAUCCAGUUCUUCACAGAGGCAAACAUUGAUCUAGGUCCUCUUCACGGUUCUUCACUUAAAGAAUCUACUAAGUCAUCUGAUCGAUUUCAUUCUGUGCCUUCCUCUUUUCAUCCUCUUCCACCAGGAGAGCGAAAUGUAUCGCGUGGAGUGUGUGGGAUAUUCCAGUUGAGUGAUGAGGUACUGUCUCUGAAGAUACUUGCUUGUUUAACUCCAAGAGAUAUUGCAUCAGUUAGCUCUGUCUGUAGGAGAUUGUAUGAGCUGACAAAAAAUGAAGACCUUUGGAGAAUGGUGUGCCAAAAUGCAUGGGGCAGUGAGACUACACGUGUUUUAGAGACUGUGCCUGGUGCGAGGAGGCUUGGAUGGGGUCGGUUGGCAAGGGAAUUGACCACCCUUGAAGCAGCAGCAUGGAGGAAGUUGACUGUUGGAGGUGCUGUUGAACCCUCACGCUGUAAUUUCAGUGCUUGUGCUGUGGGCAAUAGAGUAGUCCUGUUUGGUGGUGAAGGAGUUAACAUGCAGCCUAUGAAUGACACCUUUGUAUUGGAUCUCAAUUCUAAUAAUCCCGAGUGGCAACACGUCCAGGUAAGCUCUCCUCCUCCUGGUCGAUGGGGCCACACCAUUUCUUGUGUCAAUGGUUCUAAUUUGGUUGUAUUUGGAGGAUGUGGAAGGCAGGGCCUGCUCAACGAUGUGUUUGUUCUGGACCUGGACGCAAAGCCUCCAACUUGGCGUGAAAUUUCUGGAUUGGCACCGCCCCUUCCAAGGUCGUGGCAUAGCUCCUGUACUCUUGAUGGUACUAAGUUGAUUGUUUCUGGAGGCUGUGCAGACUCUGGAGUGUUAUUGAGUGAUACUUUCCUCCUUGAUUUGUCCAUGGAGAAGCCUGUCUGGAGAGAGAUACCAAUGGCAUGGACUCCACCUUCUCGACUGGGCCACACAUUGUCUGUUUAUGGUGGUAGGAAAAUACUAAUGUUUGGAGGUCUGGCUAAGAGCGGACCCUUACGUUUUCGUUCCAGUGAUGUAUUCACUAUGGAUCUAAGUGAGGAGGAGCCUUGUUGGAGAUGUGUAACAGGGAGUGGAAUGCCUGGUGCUGGAAAUCCCGGGGGCAUAGCUCCUCCUCCUAGACUUGAUCAUGUGGCUGUCAGUCUUCCAGGUGGGAGAAUUCUGAUAUUUGGUGGGUCUGUUGCAGGUCUUCAUUCUGCCUCCCAGCUUUAUAUUCUUGACCCAACCGAUGAGAAGCCCACAUGGAGGAUUCUAAACGUACCUGGUCGCCCUCCGAGAUUUGCUUGGGGACACAGUACAUGCGUUGUUGGAGGGACAAGAGCUAUUGUAUUGGGUGGUCAAACCGGGGAGGAAUGGAUGCUAAGUGAGCUCCAUGAACUUUCGCUUGCGAGUUCUGUCCUAUAGAUCCUGCAAAUAAACACUAGUGUGGUGAAGGGUUGAUUGCUACAUGGCUUGGCUUAAAGUUGUGAAGUCAUUUUAAGCAGAAAUCGGCGGGAAUGAUUGCAUUAGCCACCGAUGACUUGACAAGCUCUGCUCGGGUCAGAAGUCAGAACAUGUAGGUUUGGUUCUGACUCGAGAACUGGUUUUCUGAGUGACAUGCGACCAUGUUUUUUUUUGUGAGGAUGCAUGAGACUUUGCCCUUCAGUACUCUACGCGCAAUGAAUUAUUCUUCCUGAAUAGAUUACUAGUGGUAAUAUCUUAGGGUAGUUUCUCAAAUCAUGUGUUUGAUGUUUUGUUCAAACUGUGUAAUCUGAACCACGACAAAGGAACAAAAGAAGUAAAAAAGGAAAAUGAAUGUUGAGCAACGUAGCUAUAUUUCCGUCGCCACAUACAUAACUGUUGAUGGUUGUUGCAAAUCACAUCUGUGUAUACCAUUACUAUACAUCUAUACCGUACACUUGAGCCCAUGUAGCCUAUUUGAGUGGAUUGAUUUGAAUUUGUAUUA